AUGCAGGGCGUGCGAACCACAAGAGGUUGUGUCAACUGCCGAGCCAAGAAGAAAGGCUGCGAUAUGAAGAAGCCGACGUGCGGUCGCUGCUCAAGAUUGAGAAUACAAUGUACAUUCGAGGAGAGAAAGUACGUCUUUGUCAGUCAAGAUGGCAGUCGCAGGCCAGGCAACUUCUUGACAUCGCCUUCAGCGGUUUCGCUGGCCAAGACCGACUCUUCGCUUGUUGUGGAUGAAUUCUUUUGGACCAAUUACCUUCCGCAAGAAGAUGUUUCUCUAGAUGGCAGCAUCGGCGGAAUAUUGUCGGCGCCUUGGAUACCUGGUAUCCGAAAACUGGCAGACACAGACAAAGAUGUCAAGAACGCCUUGCAAGCUUGCGCACUAACCGGUUUUGGAUGGAUGAACAACGAUCGUACACUGGUUGUACGAGCUGUAUGGUUCUAUGCCCAAGCACUCAAACAGACCAAUAUCGCCCUAAAAGAUCCCGUCGCAGCACUUGGCGACAGCGUACUUGCCUGCUGUCGACUUCUUGUCCUGUUCGAGAUGCUACAACGGAUAUCACCUGAGCCCACGGCCAUGGAUCCGAAGCGUAAUCAGAUAGCCGACUGGCGAAUGCACGUCGAAGGCACGUGCCGCCUGAUCCAGCUCCGAGGACGUGAUAGACAUCUGUCAAGCCUAGGCAUGGACUUGUAUGAUGGAGUUCGCUUGCCAGCAGUCAUACAAGGUCUCUCAAAACGUCAGCCGAAUGCGUUCACUCAGCUCGAUUGGAAACUCCCCUGUCUAAAUAUGAGAGACAGACUGUAUCAACUUAUCAACCCUGUUCCGCAGUUGCUGCAAGACUUCGAUAUUUUCCAUGAACAUGGAACUCGCAUCGACGAUGGUCUGGUGAGCCAGCACAUCGCUUAUGGUAUGAAAUUGCUGCGCAGCGCUCUGACUAUCUGCUAUGAUCUGCAGGCCUGGGAGUCCAAGGUCCUGAGACUAUGCUAUGGGAAGAAGCCCCUUUGUGACCUGGGUACUGAUCCUUUGAGCUUCAUGCCAGGACACGGUGGAGAACACAACACACUCUACGAUUUCUGCCGACUUCACGGCCAUGGAUUCUUCUCGACCUGCACACAGUAUUGGACCAUGUGCAACAUACUCUACGGCUCUCUAAGAAAGUUCCACCAACAACUCCAGGAUUUCAUGGAUAUCUGGGUCCUUGAAGAAGUGCUGCCCACCAUACCUGUAUGGGUAACUCCAGAGCUACCAGCCUUGAAUAUCGCAAAGGUAGCUGGUCAUUUCUUUGCCCCAGGGAUGGGUCUCUGGGCUGCUCAUGGGGCAGUGUUUCCUAUCAGUACUGCACUGUGGCACUUUGCCAAAACUGGCAGGCGAGACUCGCCGGCUUUCAAGUCGAUGACGGAGGCUUUCACAAUCAGCAAGACCGGUGUUAUCAUGCGGGACUUCCUCAACGCGAUCGGUGUGGUGUGGCAGCUCGAGGGUUGA